CCGUGGCCAGGAUGGCGGUCCCUGCCUGGUCACGGCUCCUCCGAGGCUCGCAUCCCCCUUCGUCCCGGCAUUCUUCCUUGGGGGCCGGCAGGUUCUGGGUGAUGCCGCUGGGGCUGGCACCUCUCCUCCAGGCACCCUCCGUCCGGAGUCCCGCCCUCCUCUCCCCCGCGAUCCGGCAGGUGGUCAAUGGCUCCCCGAGGCUGUGAGUGCCCUAUUGCUUGCCCGGCCGAAAUCUCAAAACCACCAUUAGCACCGAAACCAAAGAUUAUUGGUCAUCUUUCUCCAGUCGCUGUCUCCAAAUUUUCGCCUUCACUGCCACAAGCGGAUAUUCUUCAUAACCCGAACUCUGUGCCUAGGGGUCCCAAACCACCUAUUGCUCCCAAACCAAAAUUCUCAGCUGAUGCCGAGGACAAAUCCAGUGUUUCUACCGACAAGAAUUUAAAUGAAUGCUCAAAUGGGAAACUGCUGUGUCUCGAUGAAGAGCCGUAUGAAGGAAACCGAUGCAAUGCCAAAUGCCUAGAAUCUGAGGUAGAUAAUGAAUACAUUGUAGUUCCUGAAACUCAGUUGACCAUCAAAGACUGUAGUGAUUUGGAACAUGAUCAGAGGCUAGAUUGCUCUGUGGAAAAUGAAGUCUCAGAAACUCCAGAAAAGGUAGAGAAGGAAGGUGAUAACAUUGCUAGUGAUGAGAAUACUAGUAAUCAAAAUGUCAUCGAAGAUGAGCACCGUAACUCUUCAGAUACCGCUGAACCGAGACAACCGGCCUCUGAGGACUCAACCAGAGACUGUGACCAGUCCAAAGCACUUUGUGAGGAGUCCUUAGAUGCCCCAGAUGGGGAUAACAAUGCUUCCAAGAAUGUAGAUAUAGGUGAGACUGUUGCAGGUGAUUGUAUUGAAACCAAAAACAGGCAGGAAACUUCUAACAACCCGGAACCGGUCAGGAACACUAGUGAUUGUAAGACUGACAGUGAUAACAUUUUGAAUAGAGAUGAGAAACUAAUGAGUCAUACAUGUAGAAAUAUCAUUGCAGGGCCACUGCCUGCAGAUGAAUCAAACCCAGCUUAUGAGAAGACAGGGCAGGAGGAGGAGGAGGAACUGCCUGAGAUUUUAGAAAUGGCAGAURGGUGUCUAGCACAUAACGAUGACCGCAGUGUAGAUGCAGAACUUGAUUUGAGCAUGGAAGGGGAGGUAGAAAACAAUGACUCUGCAAGCCCUGAUGUGCUGCAUGAGGAGGCCAGUGAAGAAACAAUUCCUGGCUUAGAACUGUGUGGAGAUGAACCCAAUACCAAAAAUGGUUUAGCAGAGUUCACCCAUCAAGCAGCAGCUGAGGAGGAGGAAGUAGACCAAGAUGAGCACAAUAACACAAACGCAGGAAAUACCAGUGAUGUGUGCCAGAUCACUGAGAGGAGAAGUGAGAAGACAUCGGAGGUAGCCUGUGAAGCAAGCAAAGACUCUGGGAAAGGGGAAGAAGGAACUACGAAUGCAGAGAAUAUUGAUGAUGGCUGUCAAAUUGCACAUGGUGAGAAUGACUGUGGUGAGGACAUACCCGUGGAACACUCAGAUGAGAACCUUCAAACAGAAGGGGCCUCCCUGCAGGAAGAUGGUAUGCUUUCCGAUAGUCUACCUUGUAGUCCACGGAUGGAGCCAGAGCUGGAAGAUGUGACUGUUGAAGACAAUUGUAAAAGUACCGUGGAAGCCUCUAAGUCGGAUGAGUUGCAACUUGAGGACGAUGAGGUGGAAGCAGAUGGCCUCAGCAAAAGUGUCCCAAGUUCACCUCAAGAAGUCCCACUUGAAGAAGACUUAGAAAGCUGUAAGCAUGGCAAAACGAGUGUAGAAUGUGGGACCAAAUAUGUUUUGCAUCAAAAUYUAGCAGUCCCUAAAGUGGUCAUUGUGACUGACAAAUCAGGGGAAAGACAAACUAGCAAUGAUUCCCUAGAUGAUCCUUACGUGCUUCCUGAAGAAAAUGAAAUUGCCCACGAUCUGCCGACUGAUUUAGGAGCUGAUCGCAGUAAAAGGAGUGAAUUAGGCAUGGAUGGUGAAAACACCUUGCUGCCAAUUGAUUGUAAAAGUACUGUCACUAGAACACGGUCUCUCUCUGGGAGAAUGCCAGGCUAUGUCCCAGAAACUGUUCCAGAGGAAACUGGACCUGAAACUGAGUUACCAUUUUCUCGAAAUGGCUGUGGGACAGAAGACUUAAGCAAUAAGUCCUUUUCAUCAGAAGGAAAACCAAUGGAAGCCAACAGGGCUUUACCAACCAAGUCAAAACGCUUUAUUUUAUAUCCUCGAUCUUACUCUGUUGAAGGGAGAGAGAUACCUAUCUCCGUUUACAGAAAAAAUGAUGUAUGUGUACUGGAUGACAUUGGAAUAAAAAGGACAGAGGAUAAYUUGUCUUUGCCUUGCAUCAAUGGUUCCUCAGGUAGUUUUUCCCAGCAAAAUCAUCUUUCAUCAUGUGGUGUAUCUACUCCGUCCUCAGUUGUUGAUAUACCACCUCCAUUUGAACUUGCCUAUAUCACCAAAAAACCAAUCACUAAAAGUUCACCUUCACUUUUGAUAGAGAGUGAUUCACCUGAUAGGUAUUCCAAAAAAAAGAAAUCUUCUUUUAAAAGGUUUCUCACUUUAAAGUUCAAGAAGAAAAGUGAAAAUAAAGUCCACGUUGAUGUUAACGUUUCUUCUUCAAGGUCCUCAUCGGAGUCCAGCUAUCAUGGGCCUCCAAGGCUGAUGGAGUUGGAUAGGAGGAGCCUAAGUAGCUCACCUCAGCUAAAAUCACAUGUGGGGAAGUUCCGUGCAUCUGAGUCUCCUUCAGCUGUUCUUUUCUAUAAGGAUGAUAAAAGAAAAGGAAUGCCAAAGGCAUUCAGCAGGAGCGUGUCGAGGGUGGAAUCCUUUGAGGACCGGUCCAGACCUCCUUUCAUGCCGCUCCCAUUAACGAAACCUAGGUCAAUUUCUUUUCCCAAUGCUGACACAUCUGAUUAUGAGAAUAUUCCUGCUAUGAGCUCUGACUAUGAAAACAUACAAAUUCCUCCUCGAAGAUCCACCAGAGCAGGAACUUUUACUGAGUUUUUUGAAGAUCCCAGCAGGGCAUUAUCUGCCGCUAAUGAGAAUGACGGCUAUGUGGAUAUGAGCAACUUCGCUGGCUUUGAGAACAAGCAGCAAACCACAGACCAGGAAACAGAAAGUGCCUACACUGAGCCCUACAAGGUAUGCCCAGUCUCCGUGAUACCAAUGGAAGUCGUCACAUCAGAUGAGGACCAAAAGAGUUCAGAAGAUGAUGAGAGCAGCCUUGGUGAUCCCAGCCUCAUCAACAAGAAAGAAGGCCAAUCCAGAGCUUACCUCAUUGCCCAGGAGCUGAUGUCUUCAGAAAAAUUAUAUGUGGAGAUGCUCCAGUUGUUACAUAUGGAUUUCUAUGAACGUAUCUUGAAAGUGCUUGAAGAUGAURAUGAAAAUGAGCAAGAAGGAGUUAAACUCAAGCAGUGUUUAAGUGAACUCCCUGAAAUUUAUAAAUUACACCAAGACAUCCUGGAAGAACUGGAAGAGAGAGUCCUUAAAUGGCAAGAACAUGAGAAAGUUGCUGAUGUUCUUCUCUCCAGAAAAUCAAGGCUGAAUCACCACACAGCAUACAUUAUGCAGUUUGACAGGAAUUUGGCUUUGCUAGAUGAAAUGUGCCAUAAAUAUUCCCAACUUGCUACCAUGAUUCAAGAGUUUGAGCAGAGCUCCGGUGACAGCCCUUACAGUGUGAAAUACCAGCUUUUGAAAGUGGUGCAGCGUCUCUUCCAGUAUCAUGUGCUGCUCACAGAUUACUUGAACAAUCUUUGUCCUGAUUCUACAGAGUAUGAAGCGACACAAGCUGCCUUAUUCAUUGUUUCUGAAAUCACGGACCAAGCCAAUGACAGCAUGCUCCAAGCGGAAAACUUGCAGAAGCUAGUACACAUUGAGCACAGUGUGAGAGGGCAGACCAGCCUCCUCCAGCCAGGAAGGAUCUUUGUCAAAGAGGGAACGCUGAUGAAAGUGUCUGGCAAAAAUAGGCAUCCUCGGCAUUUGUUCUUGAUGAAUGAUGUUCUGCUGUACACAUAUCCCCAGAAGGAUGGCAAAUACCGACUGAAAAACACCUUGGCUCUGUCAGGCAUGAAGGUCAGUCGCCCAGUGAUAGAGAAAGUCCAAAACGUCCUGAGGAUUGAAUAUGAAGAACAUUGCCUGAUCCUGUCAGCAAGCUCUUGCUCAGAAAGGGAUGACUGGUACAGCUGCAUCAGCAAAUAUAUCCCGGAUGGCUUCAAAGCUCACAAGACUUCGACUUUCCACAGCAGUGUGGAGCUAAGGGAAAAGCUUGGAAUACCCUUGGGUGAGAGGCCUCCUACUUUGGUGCCCGUGUCUCAUGUCAUGAUGUGCAUGAACUGCGGCUGUGACUUUACCCUCACUUUGAGGCGACAUCAUUGUCAUGCCUGCGGGAAGAUUGUAUGUCGAAAUUGUUCAAGAAACAAGUACCCCAUGAAGUACCUUAAAGAUCAAGCAGCCAAAGUCUGUGAUAGCUGCUAUGUGGAACUUAAGAAAAGAGAGCGUCCACUAAGUCUGAGCUUCCCUACAACUUCAUCCAGGUGUUCAAGCAGUGCCUUCUCCUCUGUCUUCCACAAUAUUCAUUAUUCAUCUUUUAAGAAACAGAAGAAAAUCCCUUCAGCUCUCACGGAGGUGGCAGCCUCAGGAGAGGGAGCUACCAUCAGUGGUUACCUCAGCAGAUGUAAGGGAGGCAAAAGACACUGGAAGAAACGCUGGUUUGUUAUCAAAGGCAAAGUCCUCUACACCUACAUAGCAAACGAGGACAAAKUUGCUACAGAAAGUUUGCCUUUAUUGGGUUUCACCAUUGCCCCAGAAAAGGAGGAAGGAAGUAUGGAUACAGUUUUUCAUCUCUACCACAAGCAGACUCUCUUUUAUAGCUUCCGAGCAGAGGAUAACAAUUCAGCACACAGGUGGAUUGAAGCAAUGGAAGAAGCAUCCAUUUUAUAGCAACUAUCACUCAAUGAACUUGGAAUAAAUUGUCAGAUUUCUAUGCAUUUCCAGAAACCCUUUUCUGACUUACAAAACUGAACAAUGUAUUUCAGUCCAACUGGCUGCACACACUGGAUUUGAACUGUUUCCAGUUUGUUCUUUUUCUUCCUUCUUUUCACAUCCACAUUGUUGCAAAUGAAAAUUUCAAGAUACAGAUUAUUUAUGGUGAUCCUUAUGCUUGUGCAAGUUCAGCCUGUAUUAUAAGCUUCUCUUCUGAUCCCACAGUAAACCAAAUUUAACCAGAAAAUACAYGGAAAUAUUGACUACAGUAAGUAACAGGCUCAGUUUUACUUAUUGUAGAGCACGAUUAUAUUUCUUUGGGCUCAUUUUAUGUUUACCAUGACGUGUGAAACAAUGUAGUAAACAACAAAUGAUCAUCUAAAGCACUUUAUCAUUCUUUCUGAAUGACAGCUUCAUCAUCGUCAUGUUUCUAAGGAGUUCUGUGGCCUGAUUUAUUACUCAUCCAUCAACAGGUGCCAGCAUGAAAUAAUGCCCUGUGUAUGCUAAAUUGCUUCCACAGAAAAUGAACGAAUGACACAUUCAAUUUACCUGUUCUACCAAUACUUCACUGAUGAUGACCCAACAUAAUUACUUACUAUCAAUUUAUAAUUUUACAAAAAUCACUGUAUAAUUUAUGUUAAAGAUUUAGUUUCAUAUUAGUCCUUUGAAAUGCACUCCAGUAGCUCUACAGAUCCAGAUGCUGAUUUAUAUAAUUUCUCCCUAAAUACUCCAGACUCAAAUCCAAAGUUAUUUUUAAUUUAUUAUAAACCUACAGACAGUUUUUAUUUAACGUGUCUAUUUAGUAGAGUUAAGAUUUUUAUCAGGUAUUUAAAUAGUGUACUWUUAUUUUCAAAAUUCCUGUUGUUCCUGCUGUUCUUUUUGUAAAAAAAGUCAUCAAAAGUUUAAUCCACAUAACCAGCACAGCAUUUGAAAUAUGCCGGGUGGGCUGCAAUGCACUUGUCUGAACCUGCUCUGCUCGAGUCCUUUGGAACUCCCAUGGCCACACCCGCCUUAGGUCUGACUGCUGCCAUGCACUACAUCGCAAGGGCUGCAGGCUCAGCAGCCAGCUGAGACUGUGUCUGUAUGAAUUGAAAGAUGCUGUGGUGCUUUACGUCAGCUGAGGAUAUAGAACUCUGGAGUUUUGGGGUGGAGUGUUUUGUUUGGGAAUUAUUUUUUUGUUGGUAUAGGGGUUUUUAGUGUUUUGGGUAGGGUUUUUUAUAAAGAAGGUUGAGAAGUGGUGUGCUAAUCAUUGUAAUACAAUGGUUUUGCCCUCAGUCAUGAUAUUUAACUGAGGAAUAGAAUGACAUCUGAUUAAAAUAUAUCUUUGUAUAAAAUAACAUGUUCAAGAAUUUACUUACAUUAACUUAUAUUGGUGGGGAUUUUUAUUACUUUUUCCCUUUCUUCAAGAAGCUUAAUGGAUAUCUGAACUUUUGACCCUAAUAAAUUUUUUAGAGUUGUCCAUAUUUUUAAAGGUCUCUAAUAUAUAUCCAAAUGAUAAAGUAGAUCUGUUUAUCACSUGGAUAAACAAGCUUAAAGAAACAAAUACACACCUACCACUAAAUGUCAUUGCUUUGGUGUUUUUGAUGUAUCUAAGCCUGACCAUUCCAUAAAGCCUACAUUAUCAUGUGCAAACAGAAAUCAAGAAUGAGAAAACUUAUAUAUUCUUCAGUUAAUGGAUGAACAGCAAUGUUAACUCURUUUUAUGGUAAGAACCAUGGCCUUGCAACAAUUACGCUGUGAAUGUUUAUCUCCCCUUAAAAACAUUUUGCACUGACAAAAGAAAUAAGACAACAUUGAAUAUACAGCAAAAUCUCUAACCAUGGUCUGAAACAAAACAAAACUGCACUACAGAAUGACAAUAUUCUGAAGAUUUAGGUGCUGACAUUUAGUGAUUGUUAUAUGAAGUUUUCAGUAAGAAACAGGAAAUGAAUACAUGAAAAUGCUUUGUUAUAAAAAAUACAGUGCUAUUAAACGUUGGUUUAAGUAAUGUAGAAAAAUAAAAGAACAAAACAUGAAUGCAGUUCUACAGGCUUUUCCUUUACACAGWUUUUACCGUCUUUAAAUCCAAUUUUGCAGUUCCAGUUACUAUUAACAGACACUUGCCAAUUAAACAGUUCCCUGACAAACUAACGAUGAGCAUCAAAUACUAAGAUCGUACUGGGGSCCUUCUGGUAGGAAACAAAAUUGAGACCUAGUUGGUGUGAAGAUGUGUUUCAGUUCACACAGUUUUUAGCUUCUGUAAAGCCCACCUACUUUACUUCACCUAGACUUCAGUUACACAUACAAAUGGUCUCAAUGUAGCAUACAGAAAGAGCAAAAUUUGAAAAAGUUCUCACAAUUGCAGUCCUACUGUUAAAUGAAUUUGAGCAAGGCUAAGCAUCAGAGACAGAAAUUUUCAUUUCAGAGUUCACUCAGUAAUCACCUUCUAGAAAAUACUAACAUCUUAAAGUAUAUGUAUAUACUGUUUACUAUCUGAACUGACUUACACAGCUUUUUCUUAUUAAUUUAUAGCUAGUAUUAUUCCUUCAAACAAAAAUUUUGUUCCACAUCUUCACAAGUAUUAUAAUUUAGUAGUAAGUCACAAUGUACUAGCUACUCAGCCAAUACCUGACAUUCCCAUUUGUUGUUUCAGAGUUUUUCUGUUUAUUUAUCUAUUUAUUAAAAAGCAUUAAGGUUAUUAGUUAUUAUCAGCAAAUAAUAUUUUGACCUAUUUUAAUGUAUGUGGCUAGUUAAAAUCUGGUUUUUUAACAGUUAUUAUUCUUCCAAAUGAAAGUAACAGUCAUUCAAAAAUGGAGUAUACCAGCAUGAGAAGAUCCUAUGCCACUUACACAAGCAUUGCUGGUCAAGCCCUGGGACUGCUAUUCUUCCCGAUCCAAUUCGCUGCUGCUUUUACCACACAUCGAUGAAUACCAACCAGGUUUCCUUGAUUGCAUGCUACUUUGAUACAAAAGCAGUAACAACUUGUUGGCUUGUAACCACAUUUAGUGAACAUCAUUGCUUGUGAAGAUAAAAGGGUUCAGUGUGUGGGGGGGAAGGUAUUAUUUUAAAUACUAGAGAGAAAACACUAGUCUAACUCCACAAGUUACAUAGAAGUUUGUAUGUUAUGUUCCUAUGUAUUAAAAGUAGUGUGAUUCUUCAGCCUGGGUAAUGCUGUGACACCACUUUUGAUCAAGUUUUGACAGUUUGUAGACUCCAGGGCAUYGCGGUAUGAGGUCAAAGGUUGAACUUGAUCAUCUUGGAGGUCUUUCCCAGCCUUUAAUGAUUUUAUGUAGUGAUAUUUUCCUGCAGCCAACAAAUCCUGUAGCAGACAGCAAACCCACUUUUAGAAAGAGAUAAACAUGGAGAAAUGGA